UGAUUUGGCGCAGAGCGGAGGAGGUGCUUGCUCCUGCUUCUGCUCCUCCCCUCUCCUUGCGGCCUCCCGGAGGUCGGCCCUGUUCUUGUGGCCUGAAGUAGAAUGUGGAUGACGCCCAAGAGGAGCAAAAUGGAAGUCGACGAAUCUCGGGUUUUCCGGGCCGAGUGGACCCAGCGUUACUUGGUGGUGGAGCCUCCGGAGGGCGAAGGGGCCCUGUGCCUGGUCUGUCGCCGCCUCGUCGUAGCCACCCGCGAACGCGACGUCAGGCGCCACUACGAGGCCGAGCACGACUACUACGAGCGGUAUGUGGCGGAGGGCGAGCGCGCGGCCCUAGUGGAGCGUCUGCGGCAGGGCGACUUGCCCGUGGUCGUCCCGCUUACUCCUGAGGAGAGAGCUGCUCGUGCAGGCCUCGGGCUCGCCCGCCUCUUGGCCUUGAAGGGUCGCGGCUGGGGUGAGGGGGACUUCGUGUACCAGUGCAUGGAGGUGAUGCUGAGGGAUGCCCUGCCCGAACACGUAAGCGUUCUGGAUGGCAUUGAUUUAUCGCCAGAGGUCACGCGGCAGAGGGUCCUGAACAUUAACAAGAAUCUACGCAGUCAGCUCUUUGACAGAGCCAAGGACUUUAAAGCCUAUUCCCUUGCCUUGGACGACCAGGCCUUUGUGGCCUAUGAGAACUAUCUCCUGGUCUUUGUCCGCGGCGUGGGCCAGGACUUGGAGGUGCAGGAAGAGCUUCUGACCAUUAUCAACCUGACUCGUCACUUCAGUGUUGGUGCCCUUAUGGCGGCAAUCCUUGAGGCCCUGCAAACAGCAGGGCUUAGCUUGCAGCGAAUGGUUGGCCUAACCACGACCCACACUCUGAGGAUGAUUGGUGAGAACUCAGGGCUAGUGUCCUACAUGAGGGAAAAGGCUGUAAGCCCCAACUGUUGGAAUGUUAUCCAUUAUUCAGGAUUUCUGCACUUGGAACUCUUGAGCUCCUACGAUGUAGACGUUAAUCAGAUCAUAAAUACUGUAUCAGAAUGGAUAGUUUUAAUUAAGACCAGAGGCGUUAGGCGCCCGGAAUUUCAGGCCUUACUAACCGAAUCUGAAUCAGAGCAUGGCGAAAGGGUUAAUGGACGAUGUCUGAACAAUUGGCUUAGAAGAGGGAAAACUUUAAAAUUAAUAUUUUCCCUGAGAAAAGAGAUAGAAGCGUUCUUAGUUUCAAUAGGGGCGACAACGGUCCAUUUCACAGACAAGCAAUGGCUGUGUGACUUUGGCUUCUUGGUGGAUAUUAUGGACCACCUUCGAGAACUCAGUGAACUAUUAAGAGUCAGUAAAGUUUUUGCUGCUGCUGCCUUUGACCAUAUCUGUACCUUUGAAGUGAAGCUGAAUUUACUGCAGAGACAUAUUGAAGAGAAAAAUCUAACACACUUUGCUGCCUUCAGAGAAGUUGUUGAUGAGCUUAAACAGCAUCUUAAAGAAGAUGAAAAAAUAUUUGAUCCUGAUAGGUAUCAAGUGGUGAUCUGUCGCCUACAGAAAGAAUUUGAGAGACAUUUCAAGGACCUUAGGUUCAUUAAAAAGGACUUAGAACUUUUCGCAAAUCCUUUUAACUUUAAACCUGAAUAUGCGCCUAUUUCAGUAAGAGUGGAGCUAACAAAACUUCAGGCGAAUACUAACCUUUGGAACGAAUACAGAGUCAAAGACUUGGGGCAGUUCUAUGCUGGAUUGUCUGCUGAAUCUUACCCAAUUAUCAAAGGGGUUGCCUGUAAGGUGGCAUCCUUGUUUGAUAGUAAUGAAAUCUGCGAAAAGGCUUUUUCAUAUUUGACUCGAAACCAACACACUUUGAGCCAGCCAUUGACAGAUGAGCAUCUCCACGCCCUGUUUAGGAUUGCCACAACUGAAAUAGAGCCGCACUGGGAUGACCUUGUGAGAGGAAGAAAUGAAUCCAAUCCAUAAGCCUUGGUAGUACAACAUCGAGACACCCAAAAGAGAAUCUCAUUCUAAAAGCAAACAUUUGUCCGAUUUUUCAAGUUAACUAAUUUGGAUUGUGUCAAAGCACCAAGUUUAUUCAUCCAAAUUGAUCACGAUUCAGAUUCUUCUGACAGAUGUUUUUAUCAUCUCAAGAGGCAGCAUGGGACUGAGACAUGCAAACACCUUUUUUAAAAUUUAAUUUAAUGACAGAGUCAUUGUCUUUUGCUUUUAUGAUAUAAUUGUUUUUAAAGAAGUUCAGUACUGAUAAUGUGAGUUGAAUUAGAAGUCUGUUUUUCAGAUGUUUUAAAGAAAUUUUAGGUUUUAAUAGAGUGUUUAAAUUCUGAUACAUAUGGUCUGAAGUUAUCAACUCCUUAAAUGUAUGUUUGAGCCAGUUUGCAGAAACUCAGGAAGUUCAGAAGUUUCUGAGAAGGAAGAACGUACAGUGGAGGUAUUUUAUCUAUCAAAAUGUUGAAGACUAUUUUUUUUAAACUUUUCUGAGUCUGAAAUCAAUACUGACAGAUCUCCUUUCACCCCCCCCCAACCUGCCCUAGAGAUAUUAUUACUAGUAGAAAAAAAUAAUCAUACAAAAUUUUAGUCAAAGGAGUAAGAAUCAUUUUUAAAUUGCUGGUUUAGGAGGCUUCCUGCAUUUUGGAGAUCAGACUAUCCAGCUAUUGGGGGUCUCCCCUGAAUUUUUCACAGUUGGGUGCUGUUUUAUCAGAUUGCCUAUUAAAGGACUGCGCAAAUUCAUGGAACCAGGAUAUAACCAACAAUUUAGAAGGAACUGAUGCCCGAGCAAUCAAAAGAGAUGCCAUGAGAGCUCAGGAACCAUAGUGGUGUCAGUGGUUCUCUACCAGAAGCAGUAACCUCUCUUUGCAGAGGUUGUUAGAAAACAGGACAUUUUUGGUCGUUGGACUUACCUGGGGGGAUUCUGCUGGCAUUUAAGCAUGAAGAACAUCUCCCCAUCCUCUGCCUCCCCCCACCCCCUGCAGUGCAUAGGACAGCCGGGCACGAUAGAAUAUUAGCCUUCCUAAAGUGCCAGUAGAUCCCCUGUUGUAGAUUAUUUUAUCUGAGGGACAGAGCAAAUUACCGGUAGAAGCAGAAUGAGAAAGGCCAAGUCAGGCAGACUGACACUACUCCAUAGGGUAGACUCAUUCCAAUGUUGCAGGUUUGGCUGGUAAGGUGAGGUAAAGGCCUUGAUAGAUUCUGGUGUCAGUAGCAUUUUAAGUCAGUAGCUUAUAUGAAACCAGACUAAAGGACUCUAUUCUGUUAAACGGAAUUAGUGCAGAAAAGCAAGUAUUAACAAGCUAGUAAUCGAGAAUGGUCAAGUUGAGAUUUUCAGUGAACAGGGAGUAAGCUUAAAUAUCUGGAGAAACAACAAUGAAAAACCAACCCUCCCCCCCCCAAAUCUACCGGUAAUUUGCCAGCAGUUGGGAGUUUUCUCUUUCGUGGCAAGUGCUUUUUUGAAAGAAUGUUUGGAGGACCUGCUUCUGCUUUCCUACCCUAGUUCCUAAAAAUACUGAAGUCUUGUACAUUUUGUGAAGUUCCACUAUAUAUUUUGCUUAAGGUAAUAAAACUAGUUUGCCUCAUGUAGUCACUGAGUUGGGAGGAGAUAAAAGCUAAGGAUUUAAAACUGACCCUAAAUAAUAGAGAAUUUGCUAUAAACUAGUCUUGUUUGUAAAAAAGAAAAAUGUGUGUAUAUUACUGUUUUCUGUAUUAAGUAAUUCUGUAACUGCAUGGCAGUCUUUAAAUUUUUUUUUUUUUAUUUACAAAAUAGUUGUUACUGGUCCUGUCGUAUUAGUGAAUAUAGUUAAAAUAAGUACUAUUUUUUAAAAACCUUGUGUCCCUAUAUCUCCCUUUCCUAGUAGUUUUCUUAAAAGAUUUGUCUGUAUUCCCAGUCUCUCAGUGCCACCCCAACUGCUCUCCCUAGCUAGAUCCUUGGCAGUAUUCUUACCCUCUUUGACACCACUGACUGCUCUUCCUUGAAGUGCUUACAUAUGUUGGCUUCAGGGGUAGGUUGUCUCUGCAGGUUUGCUUUCUCAGUCUGCUUCAUAGGUGCACCCCUUUCCCUUACAUGUUUGUGUUCUUGUGCUUUCAAAAUUUUGUCGUAGAGCUAUUUUCUACAUCGUCUUAGCUGCUCUCAUCCCUGUCCAUGGCUUCAUUUACCAUCUGUAUGCAAAUGACCCCCCACAUUCUGUCUCCUUUCUAGGCCUUUCCUAAUACGUGUAUCUAUCUAACUGCCAACUUAAGUCACUCUGCUGUCUCGUGGACACCAUAGCAUGUCAUUGAUCUUGCCGCCAAACCUGCUCUUCUUGUGUUGCCUCUUUCAGUAGAUGGCACUGCUGCUACCAGUUGCCGUAGCCCAAGCCAAAAACUAAUCUAUCCAUGACCUUCAUCAUAUCCACUUGUGAAAAACCUUUGUGUUAGGUCUACUGUCUCAAGUUUUUCUCACUUUUCCAGUGCUACCAUUCUAAUUCAGGCCAUCAGCCAACCUGAAUUGUAGCAACAGCAUCCUUGUUAGUCUCUUUUUCUCUGGUUUUGAACAUUUUUUUUAUGUUGCAGCCAGAUGGUUCCAAAAGACAUACCUGGUCAUCUCUCUCCACUGCUUUCACCAUGACAUAGGAUAAGAUAUAAUUUCUGUUUAUCUUUGAGGUCUCAGUUUAAAUACCACUUCCUCUAGGAAGUCUUCACUGAUGCCCUCUAGACUAGCUGCCCCCACUGUGCACUCUCUAAAUGCCCUUUUCCUUUCCCAGCCAUACACUUGGCACAUUUUGUUGCUACUUCUUACCGAUCACUGCUAGACUGUAAGCUUUACCAGGGUAGGGACUGUGCCUUGCUAGUUAUUCUGUCUGUAGUGCUUAGCACAGUGCCUGGCAUUCCAAUAAAUGUUUGGAUGAAUAAAUAUGUGUGUAGUGUUUUAUGAUCUUUGAAGCCCAUUCAUAGUCUCAUUUGACCUUCACCGAGGUCUUCCUGCCUUAGCCUGCUUGUUGGGUAAUUGUUAUUCACAUAUUAUGAAUUAAGAAAUGAAACUAAGUUCUUUGUGACUAAGGAAUUGUAUUCCCAGAAUUUAGCUCAGUGCUUGGCAUGUGGCUCAAAUAUUUAUUAUGUGAAUGUUGUUGCGGAAACGAACUUAGAUUGCAAUUUGCCCUAGUAAAUGUAAGUAGUAAAGCCAGGAUUCAAACCCAGGCGUACUUACAUAAAUCUAUGGAAUAGUAAGUCUUUACCUCCUUUACUUGGAAGUCUUAAUUUCAUUUCUUUGUGGUUUUUUUUUUCCUUUUUCUUUUUUUUUUCUAACUUCCAAAGGUAAACUUCCAAAAGAACCUAGAUGAAAAACAGUGGUCAACUAUUUAGUGGACUAAAACAAUACUUUGGUAAUUAAAAAGUUACACUCAGUAUCAGAAAAAGAUAAUGCCAUUUAAAAUACUCAUUUUCCUUUUGUAAAAGAUUAAUCCUAGAAGAAAAUGGCAUACUAUUUAUUUGCUACUUUCCUUUACAGAUGAUUUCUGGCUCUUCUGGGAUUUAAAAGUAAGUAAAUUUAAUAAAAUAUUAGAGGAAUGGCUCUUCUUCCUGAUUCCUAGAUACCCAGUUCUCUUGCUUUUCUUGCCUAAAGAUGUCCUUAUCACUUUUCUAAGGAAGAUGACCCAAAAAUGACAUGUAGUCAAGGUGUACUUCUUAGAUGUGCUGUAUUUCUUUCCUGGCUUGUUCACAUGCUUCUGAACUUAAUUUCUGGGUAACCAGCUUUUGGGAUUCGUGGAAGAACUAUAACCAUAGUCUUUUUCCUUGAGCCAUUUUGUCCAAUUUGAGGGAUUAACCAGUGUUACACUAAAUUGGACUUUUGGUCUGAGGCACAUUAACUUAUCCAGAAAUCUUAACAGUAGGUGUGAUAGUCAUCCAGUGAUCCUUGCUGCAAAACUGGGUUUUAUUGGAUUUCUUUAAUCCUCUAGAUUAAAGAAUUUCUCAUUUUUAUCUUUUCAUAAUUGAGAAGUGGUUUCAUCCUGUCCAAUACAUACUCGAAUUUGUGAAUUCUACCCCUUUCAUUUCUGCUUGCAAAUUGAUGAAUUCUGAGAUCAUCUCUUUCUUACACAUUUCGUCAAAUGCAGCCAUAGCAACCAUAAGACAUUUUGUUUUACUUUUCCCCACUCCCACUUUAGUAAAGGAUAGAUUCUGUGCCUUCCAGGCUUUCCCAAGAGAUCGUUUCACUGCUCCAUAACAUGAGUUGCCCCCAUAAGUUAUUUCUUCCAUCCUCCAAUAGCAAUUUCCUGAAUGCCUACCAACUAAGCCAGUGUGUAGUAUGUUGAGUUUUUUAAAAAUGGAGCCAAUUUCUGUAUCAGGAUAGGCGAGGUUGUCAUACAGUAACAACAGCAAAAUCUCAAUGCCUCGGGAACUCUUCUCUUUUAACUUGGCUAGGGACUUUGCUCGAUAGGGGUCGGGGUCAACAAACUACAGUCCACAGUCAAAAUCCAUCCUGCUGCCUAUUUCUAUAAAUAAAGUUCUAUUGGAAGUUAGCCUUGCCCACUUAAUUUAUGUCUGUGGCUGCUUUUGCUCUAUAAUGGCAGAAUGGAAUAGCUGUGAGAAAGAGUGUGUACGACGCACAAAGUCUAAAAUAAUUUGCUGUGUGACCCCACAGAAAAUGCUCACCAAACCCUGCUCAAAGUUGUUCUCAUUUUGGGACUCAAGUUAAUGAGAUACCAUGUACGGUGUGGGUGCUCAUUUUGGGAAAUGAAAAAAAAUGCAGCAAAUCACUUAGAGGCCUGUAAAGCACUUUCACUGCCCAAAACAAAUCCCAUGGCCACACCAAAGUUCCAGGAAGACUGUAAUCCUUCCAAUGUGCCUCAGAAGAAAACCAGGAGUACUUGGAAGACGAUACUAGACCAACACAUGGUUAUAUCUCUCCAUUUAUCUGAUUUCUUUAAAAAUAUUUUUUAUUGAGGUAACAUAUUCAGUAAAGUGUAAAUAUUAAAUGUAUGCCUCAGUGGAUUUUUAUAUACACCCUGGAACCCAUCACCCAGAUCAAGAUAGCAUUUCUAGCACCCAGCAGAUACCCUCAUGUUCCUCCUGCACACAGAUAGACUCAUCGGAUCCUUACACCAGAGCUUACUUUUGUCUUUUUAAAGCUUCAUGUAAAUGUGAUGAUUCUCUGUGCUCGUGUCUAUUGUUCAGUACUGUGUGACUCAACCACGUUGCAUGUAGAAGCAUUUUUUACGUCUGCGCAGUAUUCCAUUGUACGACUGUACUGCGAUUAAUAAAUCCAUUCUACCAUUGAUGGAGAUUUUGGUUGUUUCCAGUUUGUGGUUAUUAUGAAUAAAGUUGCUAUAAACAUU